CGCCUCAACGAGACAGCAGAGCCCGCUCCCGCCGCCCUGGUCUCUGCUGCCGGCCUCGGGGACGCGGGGUCCGGGCCCCGCGGUGGCCGCGCCGCUGCCGGUGGGCACGGCCCCCGGAACCCCCACCAGGCACCAUGGACUGGAAGACCCUGCAGGCCCUGCUGAGUGGCGUGAACAAGUACUCCACGGCGUUCGGGCGCAUCUGGCUGUCGGUGGUGUUCGUCUUCCGGGUGCUGGUGUACGUGGUGGCCGCAGAGCGCGUGUGGGGGGACGAGCAGAAGGACUUUGACUGCAACACCAAGCAGCCGGGCUGCACCAACGUCUGCUACGACAACUUCUUCCCCAUCUCCAACAUCCGCCUCUGGGCCCUGCAGCUCAUCUUCGUCACGUGCCCCUCGCUGCUUGUCAUCCUGCAUGUGGCCUACCGCGAGGAGCGCGAGCGGCGCCACCGGCAAAAGCACGGCGACCAGUGCGCCAAGCUGUACAGCGACACCGGGAAGAAGCACGGCGGCCUGUGGUGGACCUACCUGCUCAGCCUCGUCUUCAAGCUGAUCAUCGAGUUCCUCUUCCUGUACGUGCUGCACACGCUGUGGCACGGCUUUGGCAUGCCGCGCCUGGUGCAGUGCGCCAACGUGGCCCCCUGCCCCAACGUGGUGGACUGUUACAUCGCCCGGCCCACCGAGAAGAAGGUCUUCACCUACUUCAUGGUGGGCGCCUCAGCCGUCUGCAUUGUGCUCACCAUCUGCGAGAUCUGCUACCUCAUCUUCCACCGGCUCCUGAAAGUCCUGCAGAGGAACCGGCCCUCCAAGGGCCGCAGCCCCCCAGCCUCCACCAGACGGGCCUCCACCUGCCACUGCCACCAUAAGCUCUUGGAGGCUGGGGACCUGGAGCCUGAAGCCAACGAUGCUAAGCUGCAGGCUUCGGCCCCCAAGCUGAGUGCCAUCUAACCACGGGCUGGGCACAGCCGGCGGGGGGUGGGGGUGGUGCUGGAGGGUGUCGGGGCCGUCCAGGUGCUGGGUGUCUCCUCUGCCAGUGCACCCAGGUCCAGGUAACUUGCCAGGUGCAGAGCCAGCUCUGGGGGAGACUGCCACACAAGCAAACUAACUGUAUGCUACAAGCCUUACACGCAAGCCUGGGGAUGCUUGGGAACUCACCAGGGAGCGGUGCCCAAGCCAGGCUUCCCUGAGGAGGCAGCACGGGAGAAAAGUGAGCUGUGCUCCAAGCAGAGGCCCCCCGGGUCACACAGAAGCUUGCCCUGAGCUGGGUACCGACAAAGGGAAUCUUCAACGCCGGGCAGGAGCCCCUCCCCGGUUCCCAGGGUGGGAGGGAGGUCUUCUCCCCGCAGCAGCUCUGCUCCACCCGAGGGGCUCCUAGUGGAAGCCCCACAGCCAGGCCACCGUGCUCUCCUCUUCCCCCCCAAAAUGUGCGCAGCUGGGCGCUGCCCUGCUCUGGGGAAUUCAGGUGGAGGCGCUUGCUGCAGAUGGGGACCUGCACGGGGAGGAAGUUUCCUUGAAAUCAAUAAAGACUUGUUUUC